AUGGCUACGAAUGCCGAUUAUGACGAGCUUGAAGAAGCCUCCAAGUUGGUGAAGUUCCACAAGCGAGUGUUGAUGCAAUAUGCCACAUCCAAGGAUCCCGUUCAGAAAUUGAAGUAUGAUCGUUUAAUAAUAGAAAAAAAGCUGAGGCGAGAGGCCAAGGAAGUGCGAUCGAAAGAUCACAAUCGGAAGUUAGGCAGAAUAGAUCUUUCGCCUUAUACGGAGGGGGAGAUAGAACUCAAAGUGCUUACAGAGGAGGUUCUCGACGCAACCAGCACUAACGUGGCCAGCACCAACGCAGGCACCAAUACGGACGCCAAUACAGACACCAACGCACUCAACACCACAAAUAAGUUGCCCAAACCAACUGCUCAGGGGAUUUUGACUCCAAAAAACGGAAAUUUGAGUUUACCACCAGGCUACGUGAAUGGUACUGCCUCUGAAGGGCUUCUUCCAAUGGCCCUCUGGAUGAUGAAAUAUAACGAAAACGUGCCUACUCAAGAAACAGAGAACAGUUCAACCUUGCAAGAUGUGAACGUUUCUUCUAUUGCGGGGAGCUCCAGCAAUGUCGCCAAUGCUCCGUCUUCGAAACCAGGCCCAUUACCAUACCCAAGCACGACAUUGGGCUACUACCCCAUUCAAAAUACCAAGAGACCAAAGAGGGGAAAUAGGAAGGGUAUACUAACCGAGGAGAAAGAUGAACUCCCCAUGACGUUGGAUUAUUGA